AUGCUGGCCUCCGUGGCGCCUGGUUGCACCUUCAACUGCGUGGCUGGUUCGAAGGUGGUCGCCAAGUACCGCUUGCAGGUGCCAGAGCGGAUCUACAACCUCCCGAACAUCAGCUGCAAGAACGCCUUGUGCAUGUCGAACCCGAAGAACAAGCAGUUCGAGUGCGUGGCCUACUUUGAGCGGGUGCCCUUCUACACCACCAGCGUGCUGCCCGACUGUGCGGAGAGCGAGUUCCUUUACGUCUGCCGCUGGUGUCGGUGGCCCCACGUCUAUGAGGACAGGUUGUCCUGCUUCUGUUAUCUCGUACUUAGAGGUUCAUGGUACUUAGUAACUAGGGUUAUAUAUAAGGUAACUAUACUUAUAUUUCGCUAUAUCCCCAGUUAUGGUACCUAUAACUGUACUUACUAA